CGCAAUUAUACGGUCUUGAAAAUCCCAAAAAAUCUCAUCUUUUUGUCUUCUUACCUUCCGACCGAAGCGAAACCCCAACUUUGAUUUCAGAUGUUAGGGGUUUUGCGCUGAUAAGAACAAAUUUGUUCAUUUAAUUGAUUGAUAGAAUUUUUAUUGGUGCAAUCCAAGAUCAGCUCAGAAAUCGGCAAAAUGUCUCGGGUGGCGCGUAUCUGUUUUCAGUCACUGCUGAAGGUGGUGAAUUCCGGUAUAGGAAUCGUGGGUAUUGCCUUGAUUGUAUACGCCCUUUGGAUGUUUAUGGUUUGGCAACGCCAUCUCGCCUCUGACUCCGCUCCCAAUGCUCCAAUCCCUUGGUUCAUAUACACUAUAAUUGGACUUGGGGUUAGUUUGUGUGUGAUCACAUGCUCGGGUCACAUUGCAGCCGAGACUGCAAAUGGUUGUUGUUUAUACAUAUACAUGGUUUUCAUCUUUAUGCUUCUAGUGCUGGAAGCUGCAGUUACUGCAGAUGUGUUCUUAAACAGUAACUGGGAAGAGGACUUCCCGGAUGACCCAACUGGAAAGCUGGAUGAGUUAAAGGACUUCAUUAAGGAUAACUUCGACAUAUGCAGAUGGAUUGGCUUGACAGUUGUAGGUCUACAGGGAUUAAGUAUGUUAUUGGCAAUGAUUCUCAAAGCCCUUGGACCUAAUUCCAUUACAUAUUAUGAAAGUGACGAUGAUUAUAUACCAGACAGAGUACCCCUAUUGAAGAAUUAUGUACCACCACGUUCUUAUGCUGUCAGUGACCCACUUUAUCAGCGAAAAAAUGAUUCUUGGAAUAUAAAGAUCAACAGUAAGAAAUUAGUCAGGGCCUUCUUUCCAAGUCUACCAGAUAGAACAUGUAUGAGGACAAAUGUCGUUUUCAGAGAAGCAGGCAGAUAAAAGUCAUCCUUUUAGAUGAUGGAAGAGUUCAGAUAAAUGAUGAGAAAGAGGUGGUUCAAUCUUACACUGCUGUGCAACAAGAUAGCAUUAUUAGAGGCAUAUUCGUGGCUGCCUCCUAGCGGUUAGCAAUUUCUUGUAACCAUGUGUAUUGAUGUAAAUUCUUCAUCUAUUAUGCUUGAACUUCCAUAAAUAUCAGUUAUAUGAUGAAUGGAACUAUUUAAUA